AUGUCCGAAUACUGGAAAUCAACACCCAGUUAUUGGUGCAAGCACUGUAAGCAAUAUGUCAAAGAUACCAAGCUUGAGAAAUCAAACCAUGAAGCGAGUCCGCGGCAUCAAGGCAAUCUCAAACGUUUCCUGCGCGACCUACAUCGUGGCCAUGAGAAGGAUCAAAGGGAGAAGGAUCGAGCGAAAGACGAAGUCGCCCGAUUAAAUGGAAUAGUAAGUGGGAGUGGUGAAGCAGGAAGUUCUUCACAAGCCUGCAUGCCUAGUGCAUCAACGCCGAAACCGCCAGCAACAGCCGCGCAGCGAAAGCAACAGUUGGCACAAUUGGCAGAACUAGGCGUUAGUGUUCCAGAUGAAUUUAGAUCUGAUUUAGCUAUGCCAGGAGAAUGGCAGGUUACUUCUGAGCGUAUCAUUGACGACGGAAAUGGAGAAAAAAAACCAGAUGCACUUGCGCUGGGCGUUCGGAAGAGGGAAGCCGAGGAUGAAGAUGAAGAGGCGAAAGAAGCGAAAAGGAAAAGAUGGGGCACAGCGAUUCGCACAUACCCCACCGAAAAUAACGACAAUGAUCUGGACGCUCUAUUGAGCAAUACCGGUAAAGGCAAGGGUCCGGGUUUGAAAGCCGAAACGGACAAUGGUAUCAAGAUAGAGAUCAAAAAGGAGAACGAUGAGGAUGUAGAGCCUCCAUCGAAUAGUAAAGGAGCAGAACCAGCUGUGAAGCCUGAGACGGAAGAAGACUCAAAAAUCGACCUAAACCAGGUACCGGAAGCCACAGAGCAGAAUAAUGAGCCCGCAGCGUCAGGGGUCGUCUUCAAGAAAAGAAAAACCAAGAAUAUUCGCCAAAAAUGA